UUCGUUGUUAUUUUUUAAAAACAGGAAUCCUACCCCUCUUCAUCACCAAUAUGGUUUGUAGAAUCAGAUGACCCAAACCUGACUUCAGUCUUGGAGCGUCUAGAAGAUAUUAAGAAGAGCAAUACUCUGCUUCUCCAGCAGCUGAAGCGAUUAAUAUGUGACCUCUGCAGAUUGUAUAACCUUCCUCAGCAUCCAGAUGUUGAAAUGUUAGAUCAGCCAUUACCAGCUGGACAGAAUGGAACGACAGAAGAAGUUACGUCGGAGGAGGAGGAGGAGGAAGAUAUGGGUGAAGACAUUGAAGAUCUGGAUCACUAUGAUAUGAAGGAGGAGGAACCAGUUGAUGGGAAGAAAUCCGAGGAUGAAGGCAUUGAAAAAGAGAACCUUGCAAUCUUAGAAAAAAUCAGAAAAAAUCAAAGGCAAGAUCACUUAAAUGGUGCAGUCUCUGGGUCAGUUCAGGCUUCAGAUCGACUUAUGAAGGAACUCAGGGAUAUAUAUAGAUCACAGAGUUAUAAAACAGGGAUAUAUUCAGUGGAACUGGUAAAUGACAGCUUGUAUGAAUGGCAUGUUAAGCUUCUAAAGGUUGAUCCUGACAGCCCUCUGCAUAGUGAUCUUCAGGUCUUGAAAGAAAAAGAAGGCGUGGAAUACAUUUUACUCAACUUCUCUUUUAAGGAUAACUUCCCUUUUGAUCCUCCCUUUGUGCGAGUAGUAUCUCCUGUGCUCACAGGAGGAUAUGUCCUAGGUGGAGGUGCAUUAUGCAUGGAACUUCUUACUAAACAGGGCUGGAGCAGUGCCUAUUCAAUAGAAUCAGUCAUCAUGCAGAUCAAUGCCACUUUAGUCAAAGGAAAAGCCAGAGUUCAGUUUGGAGCCAAUAAGAAUCAAUAUAACCUAGCAAGAGCACAGCAGUCCUAUAAGUCACUAGUACAAAUACAUGAGAAAAAUGGCUGGUACACUCCUCCAAAAGAAGACGGUUAAUACCGAGGACUGUUGUAUACCUGGACCAAUGCCAACAAAAGAGCUCUUUUUAACGUUUUCCAACACAGAGACUCGAGCUAUGAGUGCCCCUAUAACAGCCGUACUGAAGACUUUAGCUAUUAGAUAAGUUAGUGGAUAAUCUGUCAACUGACACGUCGAGUAUAAGUUGCAGCCUUACCAUUCCGCUCUUCUUAGGCAUCUUGGACUGAGCAGUCUGGGCCUUUGCUGUAUUUGUUCUUCAUGGAUUAAGCAUAUUUGGGCCACUCCCUCCCUUCUCCCUUUUUUAAUUUGGAAGUGUAACGCUGCAGUGGGCUGCUGCGUUCCCCAGGAGCGUUCAGCAGGAGUUGGUCACACUUCUUACCUUUGGCAGGAUGCAGAGCGCCGAGAGUUGAGUUGUGUUGUUUCAUUUGAAGUCAGGAGGUUUAAUAUGUUGUUUAAUACUGUUAUAGGAAAUGUCAGACCUUGCAAAUCACAGUAGUUUUUCUGGUCUAAAAUGACAGCGUUUGUAGUAUUUCCAAAUGAAUGAUAUAGGAAAAGCACAUGUAUGUUAAGUCAUUAAACAUUUUCAUGGCUGGAUGAGAA